AUGGUCGAGAGUUUGGCUCGCGCCCUGCACACUAAAGUCAAAAGCUGUCGCGAUCACUUUGAGCAAAUUCACAAUGAGCAAGAUACCGUUGAAAGCCGCGUGAACUCUUAUCGAGCCAGUGCAGAUCUCUAUGCAGCCGAAGGCUUCUUGAAAGAUCAUUAUCCCGUCGUUUUCGACAGCAGCAACUCCAAAACCUUGCAGCAAGAAAAACAUAUGGACGCUAUAGCCGCGAAACAAUAUUUAGAUAUGGCCUGGGAAGCCUCGCGAGGCUUAGAGGAGUCACCACCAGUAGAAGAGCUCAUUGACAAACUAUCCCUUGCGCCUGAGCAGAGCCGUUCUGUACAGCUCAGUCUCGAGACGCGUGAGACCGCAACCGCUGGGCCUUGGAAGUCAAGCUUCAAUUGGGCUGAAGAUGAAGAUGACGAGGAGUGGUGGAAAGACGAGAUCAGCAAACUUGCUGCUGUGAAUAAGUCCCAAGAGGACGAUAGUAUGGCAUCGGACUCUCGCUCGGCUGGCGGUGAUGAUGGCAGGUCGCGUCUUUCAGCUCCAGCGGCCGAGAACGAGAAUGCAUGGUUCGGCCCUGUUCCGGCUUCGAGACGUCUUUUCGGUUGA